AAUGUUGCAUUAACCUGAACGCAUCACAAGCUUCCCCAAAAUUGUACUUGUUUUAGUUUACCGCAUUGCUUAAUUGUUAUUGGCUACUUUUCGACAUUCUUGUUUAUGUAACCAAUUACACGCAUUUAUUUACGUCCACGAGUUUGUGAGAUAUGGCGUAGUGCAAUGGAAACUCAUUAAUUAAUUGUAGUCGUACGCAUUGAAAAUGGCUGAAUUGUUUUUUCGUGAAUUACAAUAAAUUAAUUUCAAUGCUAAUUGCACUGUGAAAUUGACUAAAAUCCAAAUUGCGUAGUCGCGAGUAUGGAUGUGGACGAUUCAGCUGUUGACCUGAGCGUCAGGUCUUUGCCCCCUGAGUUGAGUGAGCUCCGUGCUCUGACGGCCAGCGGGCUGACCAUAACGCCAGCACAGCCUCCCCCACAUGGAGCAAGUGGCAAGCGGGUGCUGCGGCCGCGCUCGGAGCAGCGCAGCUACGCGGAGAGCCCGGACAUCGUGCUGCUGCCCGCCGCGCCGCCGCACCGCAAGCCCAGCGCCGCUCCUUUUACUGACAUGAGCAGCAAGAUGAAUUCUUCAUCAGCGGUCAACGUGUCCAUUACCGCUGCGGCAGCGCCCGAGUCUCCGCGGGACCCCCGCGACGACGACUCGUCCGAUGAUGAAAAUGAACCCCCGAUUCCGCCUGUGGACCGGGAGCUGUCAAGCGCGGAGAUAUGGGAGCGCGAGCGCCUAGUCCGUGCGUUACGAGAAAAACUUCGCGCCGAGGAAACGCGCUUGGUCCUUCUGCGGAAGAUACGUCAGUCGCAGUGUGCGCCGCCCAAGCAGGCGGAGCCGGCGGGCACGGCACUGGCCGGGUCGGGCUGCGUGGUGCCGCCCGGCGUCACCGUCACGCCGGCGCCGCCGCCCGCGCACCAGGGGAACAAGCGGUCGACCAGCACAGCGAACUCGAGCACGGCCUCGUCCAACUCGAGUCGGCGCACCUCCAGCCUGCCCGGCGGCGCCACGCUCACCCCGGGGCCCUACCGCACACAGUCGUCCGGCAGCGGCGCCAGCAUCACGCCGUCCGUCACCAUCACGCCGGCGCCGCCGCCCGCCGCCGCCGCCAGCGCCAAGCCGGCUCAGGAUAACUCGUCGGUGACGAGCAGUACGAGCGACGCAGCAAGUUCGCGCAGCGGCGAGGAAUCUCAGACACCGGCGCAGCGCCAGGCGGCCGCCAAACUGGCCCUGCGUAAGCAACUAGAGAAAACACUACUGCAGAUCCCGCCGCCCAAACCGCCCCCGCCGGAGAUGAACUUCAUCCCCUCCCCCUCCAACACCGACUUUGUAUAUCUAGUUGGGCUGGAGCACGUGGUGGACUACCUCACCAACGAGGAUCGCAUGCCGCGCUCGACAGUCCCAGCCGUCUGCGCGCAGUGCGGCUGCGACUUCACGCCCGUGUGGCGCUGGGAGCGCGCGCCCGCCCGCCGCCUCGACCCCACCUUCACCGCGCCGCCCGCGCCUCCUCAAGCCCGCCGCCUGUGCGAGCUGUGCGUCUCCGGCAACGUCAAGCGCGCACUCAAGGCGGAGCACACGGCGCGGCUGAAGACUGCGUUCGUCCGCGCGCUGCAGCAGGAGCAGGAGAUCGAGCGCCGCCUGUCCGCCGCCUGCGCCUCCCCGCCCGCGCCCGCCACUCCUGCGCCGCCGCCCGCGCACGCGCACCGCCCACAGGUAUAUACUCCAUGUUGCAGCAGGAGCAGGAGAUCGAGCGCCGCCUGUCCGCCGCCUGCGCCUCCCCGCCCGCGCCCGCCACUCCUGCGCCGCCGCCCGCGCACGCGCACCGCCCACAGGUAUAUACUCCAUGUUGCAGCAGGAGCAGGAGAUCGAGCGCCGCCUGUCCGCCGCCUGCGCCUCCCCGCCCGCGCCCGCCACUCCUGCGCCGCCGCCCGCGCACGCGCACCGCCCACAGGAUAUACUCCAUGUUGCAGCAGGAGCAGGAGAUCGAGCGCCGCCUGUCCGCCGCCUGCGCCUCCCCGCCCGCGCCCGCCACUCCUGCGCCGCCGCCCGCGCACGCGCACCGCCCACAGGUAUAUACUCCAUGUUGCAGCAGGAGCAGGAGAUCGAGCGCCGCCUGUCCGCCGCCUGCGCCUCCCCGCCCGCGCCCGCCACUCCUGCGCCGCCGCCCGCGCACGCGCACCGCCCACAGGUAUAUACUCCAUGUUGCAGCAGGAGCAGGAGAUCGAGCGCCGCCUGUCCGCCGCCUGCGCCUCCCCGCCCGCGCCCGCCACUCCUGCGCCGCCGCCCGCGCACGCGCACCGCCCACAGGUAUAUACUCCAUGUUGCAGCAGGAGCAGGAGAUCGAGCGCCGCCUGUCCGCCGCCUGCGCCUCCCCGCCCGCGCCCGCCACUCCUGCGCCGCCGCCCGCGCACGCGCACCGCCCACAGGUAUAUACUCCAUGUUGCAGCAGGAGCAGGAGAUCGAGCGCCGCCUGUCCGCCGCCUGCGCCUCCCCGCCCGCGCCCGCCACUCCUGCGCCGCCGCCCGCGCACGCGCACCGCCCACAGGUAUAUACUCCAUGUUGCAGCAGGAGCAGGAGAUCGAGCGCCGCCUGUCCGCCGCCUGCGCCUCCCCGCCCGCGCCCGCCACUCCUGCGCCGCCGCCCGCGCACGCGCACCGCCCACAGAUGUCGGUGACGCGCACCAGCGCGCGCGCCGCGCCCACGCCGCCCGCGCCGCCCGCCAAGCCCAACCCCCCGCAGCCCGCCAGUCGCAGCUCGUCGCUGGGCACGAGCUCGCUGGAGAGGCACCACGAGCGGCGCGCGGAGGGCGAGGCGCCCGCCAAGAAAGGUAAAGCAGGCUCGUCUUCGAGCAGCACGAGCCAGAGUAGUAGCAGCAAGCCGCAUCAGCAGUUCGCGGCGGCGGCGGCGGCGCAGAUGGCGUUCGAGCAGCACUCGGCGGCCGCCAUGCAGGCCCUCCAGCACCAGCUGUUGCGAGGUCAGAUAGGUCUGAGCGGCGCGGGCGCGAGCGGCAGCAUGUCGCCGGCGGCGGCCGCGGCCGCCAUGAUGCAGUUCAGCCCGCUGCUCUACACCUACCAGCUCGCUAUGGCACAAGCUUCGGCGUUAGGCAAGCGGUCGGGUAAAAAUAGCAGCGGCAGCAGCAGCGCGGCCAUGGCAGAAAUGCAGCGCGUGGCCGAAGCCCAGCGCCAGUACCUCCUCGACAUGAUCCCCGGCCAACACGCGCGAAACCCCUGGACCAAGAACUAGCGAGGUCAGGUGGGAGGCUUCGGAAGAUUUAGAUAAAGACUAGUAAGAAAUUUACAUAGGUGAGCACCUAAGGAGUGGGCUUGUCGUAACAUAAGUAUCUUUUUAACGAUUUAAUUAUAAAUUAAUGAUACAUAAUAAUGCACAAGAUUUAAAAAUACGUAAUUGUCUAGACAACCGGUAAGUUACAGUAAUAAAUGUAAUUAAUUUAAGACGAUCGUUUUGUAUGUCUGGUUUUAAAAUAAUAAAUAAUUUUAAGAUUACAA